AUGGCUUUACAAGACGUUUUAGAAAGAAAAUCCGGUGUCAUCUACGGUAAAGAUGUCAAAGCUUUAUUUGACUAUGCUCAAGAAAAAGGUUUCGCUAUCCCAGCCAUCAAUGUUACUUCAUCAUCAACUGUUGUUGCUGCUUUAGAAGCUGCCAGAGAUGCUAAAUCACCAAUCAUUUUACAAACUUCUCAAGGUGGUGCUGCUUACUUCGCUGGUAAAGGUGUUAAAAACACUAACCAAGAAGCUUCAAUUGCUGGUUGUAUCGCUGCUGCUCAUUACAUUAGAGCUAUUGCUCCAACUUAUGGUAUUCCAGUUGUUUUACAUACUGAUCAUUGUGCUAAAAAAUUAUUACAAUGGUUUGAUGGUUUCUUAGCUGAAGAUGAAAAAUUCUUUGCUGAAACUGGUGAACCAUUAUUCUCAUCUCAUAUGUUGGAUUUAUCUGAAGAAACUGAUGAUGAAAACAUUGCUACUUGUGUUAAAUAUUUCGAAAGAAUGGCUAAAAUUGGUCAAUGGUUAGAAAUGGAAAUUGGUAUCACUGGUGGUGAAGAAGAUGGUGUUAACAAUGAAGAUGUCCAAAAAGAAUCUUUAUACACUUUACCAGAAACCGUUUUCAAAGUUCAUGAAGCUUUAGCUCCAAUCUCACCAAAUUUCUCAAUUGCUGCUGCUUUUGGUAACGUUCACGGUGUUUACAAACCAGGUAACGUUCAAUUAAAACCAGAAAUCUUAGGUGACCAUCAAUUAUAUGCUAAACAACAAAUUGGUACUGAUAACAAACAUCCAUUAUACUUGGUUUUCCAUGGUGGUUCAGGUUCAUCUCAACAAGAAUUUGACACUGCUAUCAAGAAUGGUGUUGUUAAAGUUAACUUAGAUACCGAUUGUCAAUAUGCUUACUUGACUGGUAUUAGAGACUAUGUCUUAAACAAAAAAGAUUACUUAAUGGCUCCAAUUGGUAACCCAGAUGGUGAAGAUAAACCAAACAAAAAAUUCUUUGAUCCAAGAGUUUGGGUUAGAGAAGGUGAAAAAACUAUGACUGCCAGAAUUUCUGAAGCUUUAGAUAUCUUCCACACCAAAAACCAAAUCUAA